AUGCCGGCGACAUUAUUCAGGUCGUGUGCCUUAUCCUUAUACCGGGGCACGCGAUCAACUGCCCCCUUGAGUGCCGCCAAGCCUCUCCUGUCGUCACUCACUCAACAGCGAUGGAGCUCACAUUCUCCCAUGGGCACCCCCACGGGCCCGCCGAGGAAGAAGGUGACGGUUGGUACCAUCCGAUCUAUGUACAAAAAGGAUGAACCCAUUUCCGUCAUGACUGCCCACGACUUCCCAAGUGCAGCAGUCGCCGACGCCGCCGGCAUGGACAUUCUCCUGGUCGGUGAUAGUCUGGCCAUGGUGUCGAUGGGUAUGGAGGAUACCAGCGAGGUCCUUGUGGAGGAGAUGCUCCUCCAUUGUCGGUCUGUCGCCCGUGCAACGAAAGGGGCAUUCACAGUUGGAGAUCUGCCCAUGGGCUCAUACGAGAUCUCACCAGAACAAGCUCUAGAGACAGCCAUUAGGUUCGUCAAGGAAGGCCGUAUCCAAGGCAUCAAGCUCGAAGGCGGAAAGGAGAUGGCCCCGACCAUUAGCAGGAUCACUAGCGCUGGAAUCCCCGUUUUGGCUCAUAUUGGCCUUACUCCUCAACGUCAAAACGCUCUCGGCGGCUUCCGUGUCCAAGGCAAAACUUCAUCCGGCGCGAUGAGCGUGCUCGAAGAUGCAUUUGCGGUGCAAGAAGCUGGGGCAUUUGCGAUGGUCCUGGAGGCUGUUCCUGCAGAAGUCGCGACGUUGAUCACCAAGAAAUUGUCGGUUCCGACCAUCGGUAUCGGUGCUGGGAAUGGUUGUUCCGGCCAGGUUCUUGUCCAGAAUGACAUGAUUGGCAACUUCCCACCCGGACGUUUUCUCCCCAAAUUUGUCAAGCAGUAUGGGAAUGUCUGGGAUGAGACCCUGCGUGCGAUCACGUCCUAUAAGACUGAAGUGAAGGCACGACAGUAUCCAGGCCCAGAGCACACAUAUCCGAUCGCGCAACACGAGCUCGAGGCCUUUGAAGAGCAGCUCGAGCGUAAAACGGAAGAGAACGAGUCAUCCUGGUUUUGA